CGGGAAACCGAACGGCCACGCCUGUUUCCCCGUCAGACGAUGCCAUUCUCCUAGACCAAGCUCCGGUGCUUUGCUCCUUCAGGAAUUUCAUCCGGUCCGAAAUUUUUGCACCCGUGUUUUUUACUACUCAUCCGUUCAGUUCACAGUCCCCGUGAUGCUGUCGAACACCUAUCUCAUUUUUAUACGCCGAUGCCUCUCUUUGUUCUGCGUUUUUUAACUGUUUAACUGAUGUUUUCAUGUGUCGAUACGAGACCUGAUAUGCUCUGGUCUUCUUGUUAGCGCACUAAUGUCUGCAUCCUACAUCCACCGUGAUCCACUGGUUUUGAACCCCAACACACCUCAGGCACUUUCUUCAAGAAUCGGAACCAGCGUCGGUCACAAUGAUUACUUGUCUUUGUCAGCUUCUGAUGGUUUACUUGGUCAGGGACAUCGGCCUUACGAAAGUCGUACGAUCCCGGCCAAAUCCAGUCCUCCUACGCAAACUCAGGUUUCCCUCCAGUCCCCCAAGAUGUCCCCAGAUUCCACUCUAACUCAUCUUCCUUCACAAAGCACAGCUUCUGUGCCCCGUUUUCCUUCACCGUCUACCGGAUUUCGUGCCACGGGGACAACUGUUUCCCCCUUAUAUGAUGGUUUCCUUCGAUCGGCUAUAAGCACGGACGUUUCCGACAGACCGUGUAUGGUAGGCAGCUCCACCGGCAUUCGUGAUACAGUUGGCAGUUCUGUUUCUGUCCAGCCAAAAUCCGAUCAGAACCGCACAAUAUCCGCUCAGGUUGGUUCUUUAGUCCGUCCCCGUGCAAUGACCGCGUCAAACACUUCGCGAGCCUGCACUCCAAACAAUACACCCAGUUCUUCCGCUUCCAUACCAUCAAGCACCACUCCUGUGAAAAAGUCUUCUCGUCGCAAUCCAUGGGGUCCGGAGACGUAUUCGGACUUGAUUUCUGUUGCAAUUCACUCAUACCCAGACCAACAGGCUACACUGCAGCAAAUCUACGAUUUCAUAAUUACCCACUACGAAUACUUUAGGGAGCGCAGCGACCCGGCCACAUCUGCCGGAUGGAAGAAUUCUAUUCGACACAAUCUUUCUCUGCAUGAUCGGUUUACCAAGUGUCCUAAGUCAUCGGAUAACACAAAAUCUUCGUAUUGGAGAAUCAACACAGAGGUAGCCUCGAAGCCCUACGUCCGUCGCCGUGCCUGUUCGAUGGAUAAUACUAACGCCCUUAAACGUCCUGCUGGUUCUAUGAAGGCCGGAAACCGUGGUAGUAGUGGUGUUUCUCGGGGUAGCCGAACAUCGACCGACAAAUUGACAUCUAGAGGGUCGACGACUUUGAAUGGAUCAUCCUCAUCUACCUUAUGUGACUCUAUGCAAUGUGCUCCUAAUCUAACCAUUGGCACUGCAGACAUUUCACCGCGUUUUGAUAUUCGCACGCAACAACCGGCAAGACAGUAUCCCAAAGGUGGUUAUGGCCUUCCGAGCAAAAUCCCGAAUUACUUCCAGCAUGCGACCCCAAUGGGAAAGGAGCAGGAGUUACAGUUGCCUUGCAACGGGAAUCGCUGGUCCAACUUAAAGUUGUCCCCUCCCGGAGGCACUGUGCACUACCCAUACGACCAGCUUUCGAAUAAUCUGCUGUUGGACUCUGAGUUCAACUCGAUGGUUGGCUCUACCGACCACGAACUGGUGCGCAAUCGCGCAAGUAGCUUAAUCGAAAACCUUCUUCGUUCCGACCACGCUGGCUUGGAUGUUGGUAGCUCCACUGUUGCACAUUUUUCACAAACGUACCUACCGAACGCCCCUUUGAGCAACACGGGUUUAUCACUUCCAUGGGGUGCCCCUCCGAACCAACGCAGUGGAGCCAUGGAUCAUUCAGGUUCUUCACUCCUCUCUUCGGUCAGUCAACCUCAUCCAUUGGAUAUGACUCCUCAGUCCACCCAACUACGAUCCCUGUCACCGGAGCCUGCUGCAGAUAAUAUGUUGCAUCAUAACCAUUUGAGACCCGUACGACUACAAUCCACUGUUACCAAUGUCAGUUCCAAUAAUAGCAGUCACGUUUCGGAAUCCGUUGAUGCCAUGUUUGGUUCUUCCUGGCAGAAUUACGCUACUCAGUUCCAAUUUCCUAUAAGCAAUGCGAUUUCCAACGUUUCCAGCGUUUAUCCCGGUUUCAGUGGUAUUUCUCCGUUUCCUGCGGUUCACAGCGUCUCCGGUCAUCUUCCGGUGGAUGGGUUCAAACCUAACUACGAUGUAUCCAGCAUGGAUCAUCACUCCACGAGCUCUUCCGUUACCUCAACCAACUCCAUGUUGCCGUUCUUCUCCUCAACCAGUACGAAUGUGGUGUGCACUGCUUCUCUGUCACCCUCGGCCAGCAGCUCUACCAGUUCAUCUACAAGAUCCUGGAGGCAUGUUCUUGGCCUGGAUGGGACCAUUCAUGGAGACCAGUCAACCAGCCAACCGGAUCGCUGUCUGUCUAAUGCUGCGGGUUCCAGCGGUUCUGGACUUGAAAGUAGACCAACAGCUUCUAUAUCCCCUUCCGUCCCACACUACUACUCGCCAAUGCGUACUGGACUGUCGGGAGCAUUUGCAAACCCGGAUUGUGCUUUAGACACUCCACCAUAUCAUCAGCUCAAACAAGAAUCGCUCGAGAACACCGAUGUCGGCGUUGACCUCGGUAUCAGAGAUCGAUCCAUCGAUUGUACGAAACAGACCAGCCCUUCCGAAAACUACAACGUGAACAUUGCUUCGCGUUCUGAGCUUUGUUCCGCAUUAGCUAACCGUUGUUACUCUGAAGACUUCACUUAUGAAGAGGAUGAUGAUCGCGAUAAACUCGAAUUGGAGCUUAGCCUAGAACUGGCCGACCGCAUUGUGCGUUCCACAAAGUCGGAGAACAGGUAGUGAUUCCUGUGAGUAAACGUUAGCCCAUUCAUCUUGGUGAUGUUUUAUUACACCUCAGGGAAUACACAAGGAUAACACACUCUCCGGAUUUUUUGUUACUAUUCGACUUUAGUGCCGUUUUGACCGUCGAACUGCUUUUGUUUACCUGUGUUGUCAUUUUCCUUUUUACCACCCUUAACCAUUUGACCUUAUAAUACCUACCUUUUUGCACAUGUUUUCAGCCUGUUAUUUUUUCUGUCUGUGAUCCACUGCUCUGCGUGUGCAGGGGUGAAUGCGUCAGGGAUUUUUUUCCGAGUGUCCUUUUGCUUUCCAUUUCGUUAAUCGCCUGCCAUCGAACUUCCGACCUCACUUUUCUAAGACCAGAUUAUUCUUAUUCCUGUCACCUACCUUAGAGCAAAUGUAACGGUCAUAAAUUCUAUACGGUUCGAAUCGAACCGACCUCAUCUAACCUUGGCGGGUCCCUCUAUCAAUCCGCCCCCAGGCUUGGGGCCUUUGGAGACCCUACUAAUCGGCAGGGAUAAUAUUACAACGCCACUACUGAUCGCGCCGUAACUGACAAACGCUGUUAUUGUUAUUUUGGAUUUCCCUUUGCUGCCUGACUACAUCGGUUUUUGUGUCUGACCUUAUUCACUCUAUGCUUGAUUUUGUUCAACAUUGCCGUAGACAUACUUUUAUUUAUCUCAGAAUUUGUGUUUAUUUUGCUGCGAGCGUUAGCCUUGUAGCUGACUCAGACACAUGCACACACAGGGCUCAUAAACUGCUCCGCAUUUAAACUCUCAGGUCGGUCAUUGGAUUCCCAAUCCAUCUGAUUUCUCGGAGCACCAUCAAUAGCGCCACCACCCUACCUCGGUCAUCUCGUGCCUGUUGAGAUGGAUACUGCUUUCCUAUCUACUUUACCACUCAGAUUGUUUAGGCUGGUGAUAGCAGCGGAUAAUUGCGCCAUUUACCCCCUUAAGCGCUGGAUUCCUCCCAAUCUUUUCACAGUGUUAAAACUGCCUAUUCCCCUUUCGUAAUGCAGUUCUCUUUGUCUUGUUGUACGCGGUAUCGACACGAGAAGUUGAUCCUUGUUCCAUAACAUUGCCGCGUCCAUCCACAUACGUGCACCAUCUUUCCUCUUCAGCUGCGACUGGAAACCUUUCUUCUCCCUCUGGCAUCACUGGAUUAUGUUCCAGUGUUGGUUUACCCAGUGGCAUGCAUGUUACGAACCGGUUUUCCGCUUCACUCUUUUUACUACUUUGAUUUCAUUUUUGACGUUUUCGCGUCAUUGUGAAUUGGGAACAAGCGCCGCCUAACUUCUCAUUUUGUCGUCCUGUUUAUCGUUUUUUUACGCGUGGUUAUCAUUUCAUUAUGUUGAUCAUCGUGCUUCUCUCCAGCGCCAUCUCUUGAAUAAUAUGUCAGUUCGGCCAUUGUAACUUGGAGCAAAUCUGCUUGUUUAUAUUUGAACACACGCACAGAACGCGCCUACUCUCACUUAUUCGUCUACUUCUACCUCUCGCUACUUUCCCACUACGUUCGCCUGCUGUUUCGAUGGAUUUUCCAUGAAUUUCGUCCUGCGACCAGCAAUUUCUCUUCGCCUACUGUACUAUACUGCCCGUUCAUCAACGUCAUUUUAACGUGAUUUUUCUAAAGUUUGAGCGGUAUGGUCUUGUCCUCUCCAUUUGGUGAUGGGCAUGAUUUUGCAUUACUUCUCUAUAUAUGCUGUGCUCGAUCAAGUCGUUAAUACGGUCUACUCACCCAACGACACUCAGGUAUCCCCUUUCCUGUCAUUAACCGGAUUCUCAGGUACUUUGUACGUGUAUUUCCAUACAUACCACGCUUGUCGUCAUUACUCGAUGUUGGUUGUGCGCCACAUUUGUCAUUUGGCUUCACCUUCAUGUCUGUGUGUGUGCGUGCGUGUGCUUGUUUCUGUUUCCGUAUGUGAUCCCCCAGCUAUUCUACGUGAACAAGUCAAUCACUAAUGCAUAGACACCUGUGA